CGACCGAGUGCCAUCCCGCCGUGGGCCAGUCUCUCCAUCUGCACAUUUCAUGACCUGGACUAACAUGACUGCAGGCCUGGCCAAGAAGUUCCCCGGCCCGUUCAACUGCUACGCCCGGAGCAUGUCGCCCGACCAAACGAGGGACACCUACACCCUGCUCGACCACACGAUCCGCACGCAGGGCCCCUUCGACGGGGUCCUCGGCUUUAGCCACGGGGCCGCCGUGGCCUUAGGGUACCUGCUCGAGAGCUUCGCGGCGGUCGGCGCCGCGCCUGCGGAGUACCCCUUCCGCUUCGCCGUCUUCUUCUCGUGCAUUUUCGCCUGUUCGGCCGACCGCACCUUCGUCGAGGACCUCUAUCCCGGCCUGCGGCCGCAGGAGUGGAGCACAGUCCGGUCGUGCGACUACGCGCAGCUGGACAGGUUGCCGGAUCGAUUGCGCACGGUGACGACGGCGAUCAGUCGCUUGCUGGACUGCGUGCAUCCGAUCACGCGCGAGCCGCGCGCGUUCUUCCUGGAUAAGCCCGUCGAGGAGACGCCGCUGCUGCUGUAUCCUCCGGUCGUGGCGGCGAGGGUGCAAAUCCCGACGCUGCAUGUCUGGGGACAGAACGAGCCGACGGGUCUGCGGGAUGCGUCGUCCUGGGCGAUUCAGUUGUGUGAGAGUGGGAUGACGAGGUCGCUGGUGCAUGACUCGGGGCAUGAUGUGCCGAGGUCGCCGCGGGAGUUGGAGCGGAUUGUGGCGAUGAUGCAGGAGAUGGGGGGUGAGAGCGUGCGAGCUGUGCUGUAGAGCAUCAGAAUAUUGAGAGGCCCUCAGUUGACACACGAAUAGGAUUCAUUAUAAAGUGCAAGGCGGGAAUUGUACCUAUCUAGUAUACCAGAAUUGCAGCCCGGAGUGCC